CGUUCCUGGAACAGCCACCAGAGACCAAGCGAGCGCGCGCGCCCCCCGCCCGGUGCCUGCGCGGCGGUUUCAAGCUCCCCCGCCCGAGCGCCGCUGCCGGGUUUGCGGCCGCUGCUCCGGGCCGGGGCCGGCGGGGUGGCCGUGGCGAUGGGGCGCUGCGCCGGCCGCGCUCGCUGACGGGCGUGCACAGGCGAAGCCCGGCCGCAGCAUGUACGCCAAGGGGAAGGGCCCCGCCGUGCCCUCGGACAGCCAGGCCCGGGAGAAGUUGGCGUUGUACGUGUACGAGUACCUGCUGCAUGUGGGAGCCCAGAAAUCUGCACAGACCUUCCUCUCGGAGAUCCGAUGGGAGAAGAACAUCACGCUGGGGGAGCCCCCAGGGUUCCUGCACUCCUGGUGGUGUGUGUUCUGGGACCUGUACUGCGCGGCGCCGGACCGCCGGGAGACAUGUGAGCACUCCAGCGAAGCCAAGGCCUUUCAUGACUAUAGUGCCGCGGCGGCCCCCAGCCCCGUGAUGGGGAACAUGCCCCCGAACGACGGCAUGCCAGGAGGACCCAUGCCACCUGGUUUCUUUCAGGGACCUCCGGGCUCUCAGCCAUCACCACAUGCACAGCCUCCGCCCCACAACCCCGCCGGCCCCAUGCUGGGGCCCCACAGCCAGCCUUUCAUGUCCCCUCGCUACCCCGGCGGCCCCCGGCCCUCGCUCCGCAUGCCAAACCAGCCGCCCGUGGGGGUCCCGGGGUCCCAGCCGCUGCUGCCCAACACCAUGGACCCCAGCACAAGAUCGCAGGGGCAUCCGAACAUGGGGGGCCCGAUGCAGCGGAUGAACCCCCCGCGAGGCAUGGCGGGGAUGGCGCCCCAGAACUACGGCAGCGGGAUGCGACCCCCGCCCAACUCGCUGGGCGGCCCUGCCAUGCCCACCAUGAACAUGGGCCCAGGAGGGCGAGCGCCGUGGCCAAACCCCAACACCAACUCCAUCGCGUACUCCUCGUCGUCACCAGGGAGCUACGUGGGCCCUCCCGGAGGCGGCGGCCCCCCAGGAACCCCCAUCAUGCCCAGCCCAGGAGACUCCACGAACUCCAGUGAGAACAUGUACACCAUGAUGAACCCCAUCGGGCCCGCUGGGAACCGGCCGAACUUCCCGAUGGGGCCUGGCCCCGAUGGGCCCAUGGGAGGCAUGAGCGCCAUGGAGCCCCAUCAUAUGAACGGAUCCUUAGGUUCUGGCGACAUGGAUGGGCUGCCAAAGAGCUCGCCGAGUAACAUGGCAGGGCUGAGCAACCCGCCCGGGACUCCGCGGGACGACGGCGAGAUGGGCGGCACCUUCUUAAACCCCUUCCAAAGCGACAGUUACUCGCCCAGCAUGACAAUGAGCGUGUGAUCGGCUCGGACGUCCCGGCGCAGAGAGCCAGACGCCCCUGCGGUUCUAAACUAUUUAAAACACACCCGCAGGAACUGGCCGCCUGCCCUCCUGCCAGCACCCCCCAUUUCCCCCUCCACCUGGGGCACAGGCCCACCCUGCCUCCAUUGGCACACAGCCCCCCCUCCCCCGGCACUGCCCUCCCACUGCGCCAGGCAGGGGAGUGAGCUGCCAGAACUGGGGCCCUGUUGGACUGGUGCUGUGGGGUGCACUGUGGGGGGGGGCUGCUUGUGCCAGGCAAGAUGCUGUUCCCGGGCAUGUGGGGGGGUGGGGGGGUGGGCUUGGAGGUUGGAACCUGCUGACUGUACGGGGGGGCAGGAGGGGGUAGGCCAGAGCAGUGCUGGGGGCUUCCCAGCAUGGUUGGGCGGGGGGGGGGGCGCAUGCGGGGGUCCAGCCCCAGGCAGCCUCCUUCCCAGCCGGGCAGCAGAAAUGGGGCAGAGUGAGGCUGGGGACAAGUCCCCACCGGGGUGCCAGGGGCCAAGCCCAGCUGGGUUUGCUGCGACACCCCCACCCCCACCCAGCAACAGCACCGUGCUGCUUGCUGUCGCCCUCGGGGGUUACCGGCCACGGCUGGCAGCCCGGCCCCCAGCUCUGCCCAGCCCCACACAGCAGGGUGGGGGGAGGGGGGGUAUUUAUUUAAGGGUUCAUUUUGCUGUACAGGGUUUAAUUUAUCAUGGGCUUCCCCCUCACCCUCACCCCCACCCCCUCCAGGGGGCCCGGCUGCCCCAGAGCCUGCUGUGGAGCCAUGGGGCAGACCCUGGAGGUCCAAGCAGCUGGGGGGCCUUGAGCACCCCACCCCACCCAGCAGUCUGCCCCCCCGGGCCAUCAGCAGGAGCUCUGGGCUACCCCCUCAGCGGAGUUAUGCCAAUUCCGUCAUCUGCUCACUGGCAAAUACCCUAGGGCAGGGGGGCCCCGCCCCCCUACCCCUCCCUUCCUGCCCCUGCUGCCCUAAUGGCCAUGCCCGCAGCCCCCGCAAGCCACAGCACCUCAGCCUAAACCCCCGCCCCCCCCCGCAGAGCCCUCCCCCUCCCCACCCCUGGCUGCCAGCUAAGCAAAGCUGCCUCAGCCCCCUCGUACUGCCCAGUAACCCACCCCUCCCUUCCUGUGAGCACCCCCAGGGCAGGGGGGAGCCCCCUCCCCCCCAUGGGAUGAUUGCUCUUAGCUCACCCAGGAGUCCAGCUGCCCCCCUGGCCCUUCCACAGCAGGAAACCCCCUAUGGAGACUCUAGGGAAUGGGGCCCCCCACCCCAGCAGUUUGCUCAGCCACUGUGAUUUCCCCCACCACUACCCCCCCCCCCGGCCCCCACUGACAGACUGGGCUCAGCCCCUGCCCUGCAGCAAAGGGAGGCAAGUGUCCAUAGGCCCCCGCAGCAGCCCCCUUUGCCCCAGGCGUCCGCCCCAGCCGCCAUCAGGACCACUUUUAAACUUUCAUAUGAAGGAUUUUUCCCCUUUUGUAAACAUGAAGGACCUCAGCAGCCCGGCGGUGCUUCCUCCCGCUCUCAGCCCAAAGCUGCUUUGUACAGCCCCACCCCAGCCCGGGCAAGGGGGCCUUCGUUGGGUUUUCUGUUGCUGUGGGGGGUGAGCCUCCGCCUGCCUCUCUGGUGUGCUGUGCCCGCCGCCAGCUGGGAGGGGACGCAGCCAGCUGGCACAUUACGGCCGCGGGCAGCGCCUCCCCUGCUAGGUUAGUGCGUCUGUGUAGGGAUUUCGUCUGUUCUUUCUACUCUGAAGGCUUUAGACUGAAAGUUGCUUAUCAAAAA